GGCGGCGGUGGGAGCGCCCUUCCCCGGCGGCGGAUCCGGCCGGGGCCGCGCGGGGGCCGCAGCCCGCCCGGGCGCCGCGCCGUGCCGGGAGCGCCGGGGCGCGCCAUGGCGCUGCCCGAGCGCCUGAAGAAGGAGUGGUUCAUCCUCGGCAUCGUCCUGGUCAUCGCGGCGGCCAGGCUGCAGCCCGGCUUCGGCGUCAAAGGAGGACCCUUGAAACCAGAAAUUACCAUAACUUACAUUGCUGUUUCAGCUAUAUUCUUUAACAGUGGACUCUCCUUAAAAACUGAGCUUGCAGACAGUAGGCUGCAUGCCACCUCCUGUGUCUUCUGCAGUGAUAUUAACCAAAGCUGUUGGUGGAAAUGA